ACGGCAGGUAGUAGAUUCUUCUAGAUGUUUAAUCCACUUUAUUUCUGCCCCUCGAGCUUUGCAGCUGUUCAGAACAAGAAGACAUGGCAGCUACACGGCGUUUGUCGCAUACAGUAGCCGUAAUCAUCCUAAACCAUCCUCCUGUCAAUGCACUGAGUUCUUCUGUCCGUCAGUCACUGUUGAAGGAGUUUGGAGAGGCCAGUAAGGAUCCCUUAGUGGAGGCCAUUGUUCUGACUGGAGCCAAUGGAAAGUUCAGUGCUGGUGCAGAUAUCAGGGAAUUUUCCACGUCUGCAGCGACUGCUUCUUUAGAGUUUAUAAAUGCCACCAUUGAAGGAUCCACGAAGCCUGUGGUAGCUGCUAUUGAAGGAGUGGCACUUGGAGGUGGGCUAGAACUGGCACUGUCUUGCCACUAUCGGGUGGCAAAUACUCAGGCUUUUGUUGGUCUUCCUGAGGUUCUUAUAGGCAUUCUCCCAGCAGCUGGUGGGACCCAGCGCCUCCCCAGAUUGAUUGGUGUGCCAGCUGCUCUUGAUAUGAUUGUACGAGGAAGACAUGUUCCUGCUGGUGAAGCAUUUCAGUUGGGUAUUGUUGAUGAAGUUGUAAACAGUGACAUUGUUGAUGCAGCUAUCCAGUUUGCCCGGAAAGUUGUAGGACAAAGUUUGGAUGCUAGAAGACUGAGUACUAAGCCUAUCCAACCCAUCACCAACCUGGGCACCUUGCUAGACACUGCAGUGGAGAAGGCGACAAGGCAGUUUCGUGGAGCCCAAGCACCUCUAGCUUGUAUUGAGGCUGUAAAAGCCUCUGUUUACCUGCCAUUUCAUAAAGGCAUUGAGAAGGAACAAGAACUUAUCAAGUCUCUGUGGGCUACAGGACAGCCACAGGCUCUGCAGUAUGCCUUCUUCUCAGAGAGGAAUGUUGGAAAAUGGACAACGCCCUCUGGAGGAAGAUGGGACCGAGUACCCCCUAGAUCUUUCCAAACAGCAGGUGUCAUAGGACUGGGCACAAUGGGAAGAGGUAUUGUUAUUUCAUUGUUAAAGGCAAAUAUUCCAGUGAUUGCCAUAGAACAAGAUGCAAAGCAACUGGAUCUUGGAAGGAACGCAGUGGACAGUCUGCUGAAACGCGAGUUUGAGAAGCUGAAGCAGCAGGGGAAAACAGCCAGUGAACUCGGCUCUGUCCAGUUUACACUUGACUUUGGAGAACUGAAACAUGUAGACCUCAUCAUUGAAGCUGUAUAUGAAAACAUGAAGCUGAAAAAAGAAAUAUUCAAAAAACUGUCCUUCAUUGCAAAGCCUGAUGCAUUCCUAUGUACAAACACAUCAGGUCUUAAUAUUGAUGAAAUUGCAUCUGUCACAGACCGACCCCAGCAAGUCAUUGGCACUCACUUUUUCUCGCCUGCCAACAUCAUGAGGCUUUUGGAAGUUGUCAGAGGUUGUCAUACAUCCCUUACAACAAUUGCUACAGCUAUGAACCUUGGCAAAACCUUGGGUAAAGUUGCUGUACUGGUUGGUAAUUGCCCUCUCUUUGUUGGGAAUCGAAUGCUGGGUCCAUACCUUGAACAAGCAAGUUAUCUGGUGGAAGAAGGUUGUAAUCCAGAAGAUGUAGACCAAGCUCUUGAAACUUUUGGUUUUGCGAUGGGUCCUUUCAGGAUGAUGGAUCUGGCUGGCUUAGAUGUUGGAUGGCGAUCACGUAUGGAGAAAGGCCUUACGGGUCCCAGAGUUCCUCCGGAAGCUCCUGCUCGACAGCGUAAUGGUAACAGAUACAGCCCUCUUGCAGACAUGCUGUGCGAGCUAGGGAGAUUUGGGCAAAAAUCUGGCAAAGGAUGGUACCGGUAUGAGAAACCCAGUGGGAGAAAUGCCAAGCCAGAUCCAUGGAUGAGAGAGUUCCUUGAAAAAUACAGAAGGGAUCACCAAAUUGUGCAUCAUCCUGUAAACCCACAAGAAAUUCAAGAGCGAUGUGUUUAUGCACUCAUCAAUGAAGGUUUUAGGGUAUUAGAAGAAGGAAUAGCCUCUGGACCAGAAGAUAUUGAUGUCAUAUACAACAAUGGUUACGGCUUUCCUAAAUAUAGAGGAGGGCCGAUGUAUUAUGCAUAUACUACUGGUUUGUCUAAAGUGCUUGGUGCACUGGAAAGCUAUUACAAGGCCAACUCUGAUGUUCCAAGCAUGAAGCCUACCUUUCUUUUGAAGAAAAUAGUAGCAGUGGGAGAGCCUUCAAUAAAAGAAUGGAAAACACAGCUUGGAAAUCUCAAUAACAAGCUUUAGUAAUUCUGUGAUAGAUGCAGUUUUUUUUAUUAAGAUGAUUUUUGAUAUAUAGCUCUCUCUAUAUAUAGAUAAUAUCAAUAACCUCAUAUAUACUAACUUUUCUAAAUAGAUGUACUUGACUAUAAAUCUGUUUAACUGCUCCUCAUGCUGACCUGCACAUAGUGGCUUCAAAUAUUGAAAAUGACAUUUGUAUUAAGAAAAAAUAUUACAAUCUGGUUUGAAAGA